UGGGAGUUAGUACUAAUGUUUAUAUAAAAUGUUUUAUACUUGUGGUAUGUACAUUUAAAAUACAGAAGAAGAUGCGAUGUUGAGGUUUCGACAUCCAAACCAGUCCUAUUACUUAAAUUACCCCUGGAAUAGCCCCGAAAGAGGGAAUGAGAAAAUUUUAAGCGGGAAUGUCAGUUGAAGAGUUAGUUACUACUUAUACUUACCAGCAGCACGAGAUAUAUCUUAACAGGAACUAUCAAACUGAUCAGCUCCAAGUUUCCAUGGCAACUUCUUUCUUCCUCAGCCUUCUCCUCGUGGUCGCCCUCAUAGCCACCACCUGCCGUGCCGUCUCCGCUACAGAAACCCUUCCUCCAACACAACCACCCUCUCUGCCCGUAAUACCACCACCAGCAGUUGCCUCUGUACGGACUCUGCAACCGCCCCCCGAGCCAUUGGCGGAGAUUCAAGAAAAUCAGCCAGACGAACCUCCACCAACACAACCAUCCUCUCUGCCCGUAAUUCCACCACCAGCGGUCUCCAAUGCACGGACUCCACAACCGUCCCCGCCCCCGCCAUUGGCUGAGAUUAAAGAAAAUCAGCUCAACAACAUCAUUGACGCGCUUAUAGGUACUGGCGACUUCGUGGGGUGGGCUAACCUUCUCUCAUCCACCGACCCUUCAGUCUUCCCACUCACGGCCACCCUUUUCAUCCCCAGCAACGAUGCGGUCUCUCAUUUCCCCACGGCCAACACCGCCGGAAUAGACUACGAUCCUUUUCUCAUUCCAUAUCACAUAAUCCCACAGCGCCUCACUUUCUCCGAUCUCCAGCAGUUUAGGGUUCACUCUCGCCUCCCGACUCUCCUUCCCUCUAAAUACAUUGUCAUCACCAAUAACUCGCCCUCAAAUUUCACCGUCGAUGAUUCCCAAAUCACACAAGCCGAUAUCUUUGUAAAUGUUGCUUUCUCAGUGCAUGGCAUCAAGAAAGUCCUCGAUUACUCUGUAUAUGGCGGUGAUAACGUCCUUUCACCACCGCCGGAAAAAACCAAGUGGCCGAGAAUAAAACCUACUCCUGGGCCGCCAAAGAAGAGAAGACCGGUUCUUCCGGGAGAAAUAACUGUGGGCCUGAAGUCUUGCGCUUCCUGUUCAUGCAGUGAGAUUUUAAUGAUAUUUUCGGCCUUUUAUGUUGUUUUCCUAUAAAAGAUUCUUUGAGAAUGUACGCGCCGAUAUUGCAUGAACGCAACGUCAAGAAUGUGGAUAACAAGAAACCCUAUAGAUCUU